AUGGACAAGGCAUCCUUGAUGGAUCGCCUGAACCAAGCCUCCGAUCUUGUUGAUACCAUCAGGGUUGGCCCCAACCGCCUUGCUAGGGCCCUCUCCUUUGCUUCACAGACUCACCAGUCCAAUGAAUCCGUGCGUUUGAUUACCAACGAAGCAGCAUCCAUGCAACAUUACCUCCAAAAACUCCGAACUAUUGGUGGGUAUUACUUUUCCUUCUUGUUAGUUUUCAAAUUUAACCUUGUGUUUCAAAAUGUACAGGAAAUGCUGUGGUUUAAUGCUGGUAUAAGUCUAGGAAUUCUCUCCUAUUCCAAUCCCAUUUCUUUGACCAUGUUCACCUCAUUCAUCAGCUUUCCUGCUGUUCCAGAUGCUGACUUUAAGAAGGAUUCUUUGCCAUCAACUGGACUUUUCACAGGGACCAGAGACACGGGCAGGACCCAUAGGGAACAGAACUACUCUUUUGGUUGGAACCAGCAGCAUGAACAAUGGACAAAGCAAGCUAUUGCGUCAAUUAGAAAAGCUGCAAGCUACGGGCAGGAUUUUUUUGUUGGCUCAAGGGCCUGUUUUUCUGCUGUGCUCCUAUCUCUUCUUUUUCAUUCUCAAGGAUACGCGGUUGACCAACCGAAAGCUACUAGGCUAAGAGAUGAGAGAAGGGUGUGGAAAGGAAUGAUAGGGAGAGAAAGACGACUAUCUAAACUGGUAGAUCCUUGUACUGUGAGUGGAAAGGAGUUGGAAGAUUCUGGUGUUCUUAAUGAGUCUCUUCGGUCAAGAAGUAAUUCUUGGGGCCUCCACAUGCCUUUGGUUUGUCCGGAUGGUGCUGUUGUUGCAUAUGCAUGGAAACGCCAGCUUGCUGGGCAAGCUGGUGCAUCUGCCGUUGACAGGACCAGGUGUGUUCCAAAACUUUAA